AUGGCUAGAGUACCAACCAACCGUGAACGACUUGAGAACCUUGAAAACAUGUCUAACACCAUGGAAGAUAGGUUUUCGAGGAUGGAGCAGAAUCUGCAACGACUUACGCUAUUGGUUGAACAACAGCAAUCAUCAAGGCGAAGCAACAGCAGAUCACUCCCCAGACAACGAACUCCUGCCUCUGUUAGCCAAAGGCAUGAUUCAAGAUCUGGGGACGAAUCUGAAGAUGAACAACAAGAAGACAACAGGGAAGCCACUACAAAUCCCUUUGCCCGCAAGCAAUCCACCUUUAAACCGCGACUGCAAUUUCCUACCUUCAAUAGUGAGGAUCCGAUUUCUUGGCUCAGCCGUGCCAAUCAAUUCUUUAAGUCACAAGACAUAACCAGUCAAGAGAAGGUAGACUAUGCUGCCUAUUUUUUAGAAGGAGAGGCCAAUCACUGGUGGCAGUGGCUCUCUCGCACUUAUGAGAGUCAGGGCAAAACAAUCCGGUGGAAGGACUUUGAACAAGAAAUUCGCACCAGAUUCGGCCCUACCGGAUACAUGGACUACGAUGAAGCAUUGUCAAAAAUGCAGCAAACGGGAUCCCUCCGUGACUACCAGAAAGAAUUCGAAAAAGUUGCCACACAGGUGAGGGACUGGCCUGAAAAGGCCUUGAUUGGGGCAUUUGUUGGAGGCCUUAAGCCAGAAUUAGCAACAGAAGUGAAGUUGCAUAGGCCCACCCACUUGCGUCAUGCUAUAGAGAUUGCAAGAUUGAAGGAUGAACAGGUGCAAUCCAUGCGCAAGUCAUAUGCCUACAAAGGCCCUACUAUGGCCACAAGCAGUAGCGGGUACAAGCCAAAGGUACCACCCCCGCCACAAGCCAUGUCCAAUAAGUCUAUUCCCCCAGGCGUGCGGCGCCUUUCAUGGGACGAAAUGCAGAAGCGACGUGAGCAAGGCUUAUGUUUUAACUGCAACAAGAAGUUUACUCCGGGCCACAAGUGCAAGAAGGCCCAAGCCUUUCUGAUCGAGUGCGACCACCCUCAGGACUGGGAUGAGGAAGAGGCAGAGCCCGACAUGCCUCUUAACUGGCCCGCAGAAGCCAUUGAAGCAGCCAGUGACGAACAGCCUGAAGUAUCCCUACAUGCUUUGGCUGGUUCAUCCGGGCCACAAACCAUGCGCGUCACAGCCAUGUUGCGCAACCGUGAAGUCAGCCUACUCAUUGAUAACGGGUCAACACACAACUUCAUCAGUACAAGGAUCGCCCAAAGGCUGCAGAUCCCUAUCACCCACAUUGACUCUUUCCAUGUGCGUGUAGCCAGCGGAGAAAAGCUGACAUGCACCCAGCAAUGCAAAGGCGUGAAUCUGAAGAUCCAACACAUUGCAGUAACGGUGGACCUGUAUGCCAUACCAUUGGCAGGGGUCGACAUCGUACUAGGCGUGCAGUGGCUAUCCCAGUUGGGCAAAGUGGCUUUCGACUACAAGCGACUGACCAUGGAAUUCACACUUGGAGACCAACAGGUAUGCUUGUCCAUGCAACCUGGUCACAGCCAUGUAGUCAAAAGAAACGAGAUACAGAAGUUGAUCCGAGCGGGAGGUGAAUGCUAUGCCAUUCAAGUAGCCACCCAGCCCCGCAGCCAAGAAGAUUUUCCCACAGCAACCGACCCACAGAGGGAAGAAAUAGCAACCGACAUUCAAGAGGUGCUUGCAGACUUUCCCUUGGUUUUGCAAGAACCCACCACCCUACCACCAAGCAGGGCGUGCGAUCAUCGCAUCACCCUCAUAGACGAACAGCAGCCCGUGAACGUGCCCCCAUACAGGUACGCCCACCAUCAAAAAGACGAGAUAGAGAGGCAGGUGAAGGAGAUGCUCAAGUAG